AUGGCCGGACAACAAGAAGCUGCGAAUCCCGCUAAACUACAAAAUAUUCAAAGCAGUACUGGAAGUACGCAAGCAGACUCGAAAACGGAGGAACAAUCACUGUCGGAAAAAAGGAAAACUGACUCCGGUGCAGUUGUAAUGCAUUUCCCGCGAGAGCAACAGACUUUGCCGAAUCAUUUCUACUUCACAGAUUUCGAGAGGCAUACUGCUGAGAUUGCCUCUUUUCAUCUAGACAGACUUUUAGGGUUUCGCAGAGCGAUGCCAGUGAUCGGUCGGACUCUCAAUAUUACAACAGAAAUUUAUGAAAUUGCUGACGGUGAACUACUUAAAACAUUUUUCGUGAGUCCAGCCGGCAAUUUAUGCUUUCAUGGCAAAUGUAGUUACUAUUGUGAUACCGCACACGCAGUUUGUGGUAGUCCCGACACUCUAGAGGGUAGUUUUGCUGCCUUUCUACCAGAUAAGGUUCUUGCAGCUAGGAAAGCCUGGCGUCAUCCUUGGCGCAGAAGUUAUCACAAACGAAAGAAAGCACAGUGGGAGCAUGAUUCCGAUUAUUGUUCCUUGGUAAAAGAAAUUCCACCGUAUGAUGAAGGUCGACGAUUGCUCGAUCUGAUGGACAUGGCGGUUUUCGACUUUUUAACGGAUCACGGAAGAGGUUUCGGAAAACCUUUUCAUGAUGAGACGUCUAUUUUAGCGCCUCUUUUACAAUGCUGCAUGAUUAGACAAACUACUUUAAGUACUCUACUCCGUUUCCAUAAUGGACCUAUACGGCUCAGCACUGCCAUGCGGCAAAGUAUGGUGAAAGAUCCCGUAGCUCCUGUAUUAUGGGAACCUCAUUUAGAAGCUCUGGACCGACGGAUAAGCAUUGUCUUACAAGCCGUUCGGGAUUGUGUUGCUCGCGAAAAUUCUUCACAACAAGUCGUCCAUAGCGAUAAAAUUGAUUCAAAGUUAUAAUCUUUAAUUGUAAUUAAUUAAAAUAAUUAAUU